ACAAGAAAUGCAUGGAAAUUUCCAGGAGGCUUGUCUGAACCAGGUGAAGACAUUGGGAACACAGCAGUUCGAGAAGUUUUUGAAGAGACAGGUAUAACAUCUGAAUUCAAGUCUAUUCUAAGCAUACGACAGCAGCAUGGGCAACCUGGAGCCUUUGGGAAAUCAGAUAUGUACAUAAUCUGCCGUUUGGAUCCUUCGUCUUUCCAUAUUAAUUUCUGCCAGCAGGAGUGCUUAAGAUGUGAAUGGAUGGACCUAACAGAGCUUUCCAAGACAAAAGAAACUACUCCAAUCACUAGCAAUAUAGCUAGAUUACUUCUCUAUGGAUAUCGGGAAGGGUUUGAUCAAAUUGAUAUAUCUAUGAGAGAAUUUCCAGCUGUGUAUACAGGUCUUUUCUAUAAGUUAUACCACAGAAAGCUGCCAGAAAAUUAUAGAAAUGUAACAGAUAUGGAGUAAAAUUAAUCUUAUUUUUCAUUUAAGAUUAUUUGAAACCAAAGUCUGUGUUUGUGUGUUUUGUUCCAAAUUAAAAUCAGUAUUUAUGUUUAUGCCCUUUAAAAAGAUAUUACUCUUAAAUAAUAAAGACUCUAUAGAGUAUGCAUUUUUUAAAACUUUUUUCACAUUCAAUAACCUAAAUCAGAAUGUCUAUUCCUAAACCAUAAGAUUAAAAUGAUUAUAAAAUCUAACUGGAAGUACUUAAUUAACUGGCAUAUUUAAGUGGAACUAUGUCUCCAUGCCACACUCAUGUUAGUACGCAUACACAAACAGCCUUAUAUAAACGGUGAAUGAAAAUGGUUUUCACUCUUACAGUUCUACACAGUAUUGAUCUCAAAUUAAUCAUCAAACAGAGCUGACUGGAAAAUAUCACAUUAAUUUGUCUUGUGGAGGAGGGAACAUCUACUGUUGUUGUUGCACAAUAUUUUAUUAACUGCGACACUC